AUGUCCGACGAACCGAAGGGGAAGAGCUUCCCCGACGUCUCAGCCAAACUCUCCGCACUGCCCAAGAAAUCACUUUUCGAGCGCCAAAAGGCUGAGGCGGAAGCCAAGCGUGCCCGUGAAAAAGCCGAAACGGCUGCAGUCUACGAAGACUUUGUCAAAUCUUUCGAGGAUGAUGCCCCGACUGGACCAAAGUCGUCCGAUGGACGACUAAACACAUUCGGAAGUAGGGGUGGUGGGCUGGGCGGACCUUCAAAACGACAUUUCACAGCAUCUGCAUCACGAAAUAGUGGUCCAGGGACAUUAGGACCCCCGCCUCCCUCACUUUCUCGCAAACGUACCCACGAGGGCUUUGCUCCCUCCCACCGAGACCAACCCAAACCCGAGAACGCGCAUAGUGGCCCAUCUGGACCGGCUUCGGCAUUUGGUACUUCUGAAGCCGACAGAGCGGCUGAAGAGGCGGAGAGGGCAGCUUCGAAGCCUACAUUACACCUUGCAUCACUUCCUCCUGGAACAUCUCCGUCAGUCAUCAAGGCAUUGAUCCCCUCUAUUCUCACUGUGGACAAUGUGAAGAUCCUACGCCCACCCGGUCAAUUUCCAACCGAACGAAGAUCUUCCGCUGCGAUUGUCACUCUUACAAGCGAUGCAGCCGCCUCGGAUAUCGACACCACCGUGAGCACCCUUCAAAAUAAGUACCUUGGCUGGGGGUACUACCUAACACUCUCCCGACAUCUUUCCUCUGCCGCAAUUGGUUCAAAUGUGACUAUGCCUGUUGGCAUUUCCUCAACUGCUUCUUUUCCCUUCGGUGCGAAAAAUAUUCAACCAACUUUAGUGGGAAGCUUGAGUCGAGCUCCACCACCAGGGUCACAUCGCGGGGGGUUCGCACCUCCUAGUUCGUAUGGAUCACCUGCUGGGAGAAACGGACCUUCCACCCAGGUGGAAGUGAAGGCACCGUCAGAUAUCAAACAGCUGAGACUCAUACAUAAGACCCUCGAAAAUCUACUGAACCUCGGCCCAGAGUUUGAGGCGCUUUUGAUGAGUCGACCUGAGGUCCAACGAGAAGAGAAAUGGGCGUGGCUGUGGGAUGCAAGGUCGGUUGGUGGUGUAUACUACCGCUGGAAAUUAUGGCAGGUAGUCACGAACCCUCGAGCCCGAAAGGCCCAAACACAUAAACCGACAACUGUUUUUGAGGGCGGACCAGAUUGGGCACCCCCGAAGGGCGAUCUGAAAUUUGAAUACACCACCCGUCUGGAUGAAUUUGUCUCAGACGAGGACUACAACUCUUCCGACGAAGAACAUUCGGAUGGCGAAGAUGAGAGACGCAAUCUGAGCGGAGCACCUCCCGAUGUAACAAAUGCGCACAGCGAUGGCGUCGGCUACAUGAAUCCCAUGCGAAAGGCUAAGCUCACACACCUUCUCGCACGACUUCCCACUGGUCAUGCAAGGCUACGACGAGGUGAUGUUGCCCGAGUCACAGCAUUUGCCAUCGAACAUGCGGGAGCGGGAGCGGAUGAGGUUGUCGAUAUGAUUGUUCUGAACGUUCUCCACCCCCUAGCCUACACAGGGGCCAACCCCGACCGUGAAUCCGAAAAGAGCACUGCAAGAUCCGAGAGUGCGGACAAGGAGAACCCUACCACAGCGAAAGAGACGUUGGAUGUAUCCGCCUCAAAGCUAGUUGGACUCUACAUAAUCUCUGAUAUUCUCUCAUCAUCAGCCACCAGUGGCGUGCGCCAUGCAUGGCGAUACCGACAGUUAUUCGAAUCUGCUCUCCGAACACACAAAGUCUUUGAGCACCUAGGUAGGCUUGACAAGGAUCUUAACUGGGGUCGCCUCAAAGCAGAGAAGUGGAAGCGCAGUGUGGGUACUCUUCUCCAUCUGUGGGAAGGGUGGUGCGUGUUUGCCCAAUCAAGCCAAGAGCACUUCGUUCAGGUAUUUGAAAAGCCACCGCUUACUGAGAAUGAACUACAAAAAGAUAAAGAAAAGGCCGAGGCGGAGCGAGCCGCCGCUGCCUUUGCCAAGAGCAAGAGCCGGUGGAAGACAGUCGACGACGACGAAUCAGCUGGCAAAUUCGAUCCUACACGUCCUGCACCAGAAGAGAGCCAGCCUACUGUUGGUCCCGCAGAGGACGAAUCAAUGAGUGACAUCGAUGGUGUACCAAUGGAAGACAGUGAUCUGGAGGAGCUUGAUAGCGACCUAAUGAACAAGGAGCUUCCACGCGACACUGACGACAUCCAAGACCAGCCACCUCAGCAACCACAACAAACAUCCCAGCCUUCUGAACAGCCUAAACAGCCAACCGGGCAGCGGGAACCAGAGGGAAGGCAACGAAAGCCACGACCCAAAGCUGAAGACAUGUUUGCUUCAGAUUCAGAGUGA